UUGUUUCUCUUUUUCUUUUAUUAGUUUUUACCCUCCCAAACCAUUUGAAAACCCCAAGAAAGAGACCCUCCUUGAUGAACUCAACUUUGAUUCUUCAUCGUCAUCAUAAACCGAAUCUCAAUUUUUUGUUUUUUUUAAAUAAUUCAACGAAUAACUACAUUUUCUCUUCUCUUCUUCUAUCUUUCUACUCUCACUACAGACUUCAUUCUCGCUACUCAUUUUGUUUCUCACUCGAAAUCCCUUUUGGGUUUUCUUGCUUAAUUUUUUCAACAGUCGUGUAUGUGUGCAUGAUUCAGUAGCGAAAAUGAAUCGGUUGUUUGUAUGGGUACUUUGUCAGAUUCCAUAUAAAAUCUAAAUGGGUUAUUUUUGUUGUGUGUUUGUUUUUAUCUGAUGUGUUCCAUUCGUUCACUGUCUUUUAUCGCUUCUUAGAUCUGUUUACUGGGGUGCUCGAUCCACUGCUUUAUUCAUGCUUAAACAGUCAUUUCAAGGUCAGAUCAUUGCAUUUCACUAUUUGUAUUCUUUGUUUUUGUUUUUGUUUUUAUGUUCUAUUUAUCGGUUCAAUUAUGGGAAAUUUUGGUUUGAUUUGAUCAGCUAUAGUUUGGGGUUUACAUUAUUUUAGUUGAUGAUGUGCUGUUAUUUGAGUAUUCAUAAGGUGGUUGAGGGGUUUAUUGGGUUUUUGGGAUUUUAUUUGAGUUGUUUUUUGCUGUUUUUGCUUAUGGUGGAAAGUCAUAGAAACCCUCCACUUCAGAGGUUUGGUUUAUAGGGGUUUAUAUUAGUAGAAAAAUGGGUAACGGCACUUCUCGUGUUGUUGGUUGUUUUGUGCCAUUUAAUGGUAAAAGUGGUGUUGAUUUGGAUCUUUUAGAGCCUCUAGACGAGGGUUUAGGCCAUUCAUUUUGUUAUGUUAGGCCAUCUAUUUUCGAUUCCCCUGCCAUUACCCCGUCCAAUUCUGAGAGGUUUACAGUUGAUUCGAGCACUCUUGAUUCAGAAACUUUAAGUGGGUCGUUUAGGCAUGAUUCCAUAGAUGAUCCUUCAGGUCUUCAGAAACCUAUUAAGAGUUUUCCCGAGACUACAUUUAAGACCAUCUCGGGGGCUUCUGUUAGUGCAAAUGUUUCUACAGCUAGGACUGGUAACCAGAGUGCGUUAUUUGCUAGUGAUGCCCAAGAACCUGCUGCAUCAUUUGAGAGCACUGCUUCAUUUGCUGCAAUCCCAUUGCAGCCAGUGCCCCGUGGCUCUGGACCGUUGAAUGGGUUUAUGUCUGGACCUCUUGAGAGAGGUUUUGCUUCGGGUCCUUUGGAUAGAGCAGGUGGUUUCAUGUCUGGUCCAAUUGAGAAGGGGGUAAUGUCGGGUCCUCUCGAUGCUAGUGACAAAUCCAACUUUUCUGCCCCACUUGCACGAGGGCGUAGAAGACCUCGCUUCCAACGUUUUAUGAGAAGUGUGAGUGGACCAAUGAAAAGCACCCUUUCCCGUACCUUCUCAAAACAUACAAUGGGAUCUGGUUGGAUGCAACGGUUUUUUUUGCAUCCAGUUACGCAAUUAGCCUGGCAUGUGAAGGAGGCUAAGUUUCGAGCAGAAGCCCAACGAAACUGUUUUGAAGGGGGGCCAUCAGAAAGUGAGUAUGGGAAUAGUCGCAACUUGCAGUGGGCUCAGGGGAAGGCUGGUGAAGAUAGGGUUCAUGUUGUACUUUCUGAAGAACAAGGAUGGUUGUUUAUAGGGAUAUAUGAUGGUUUUAGUGGCCCAGAUGCACCGGAUUUCCUGAUGAGCCAUCUUUAUCGUGCCAUAGACAAGGAGCUGGAAGGAUUGCUCUGGGAUUAUGAGGAUAAACCUUUGAACGAUCCUCCACAACCUGGACAUCCUGAAAGUGGAAAUGAUGGGCCUUCUGAGUGCAUUAAGAAGGAAGGAUCAGACUCCUACUUAGAUAAUGUAAUUUCUACUAGUCUAAAUGAAUCAUGUAACAGUUCAGGAAUUGCCCAUGUUCAAUCAUCUUACUGUGAAAUAGUUGAGGAUAGUGGUGAAGUUACAGGUCAUGUUCCAACAGCUAACUUAACUGGUCAAGGCAGAAAAAGCAUGCGGCUUUAUGAGCUACUUCAGAUGGAAUCAUGGGAAAGAGAAGGUUCUGUUUUGGUUUGUGAGGUUGGUCAUGAAAGAAAGGGUUUAUCCGAUUGUCACCCAUGUUCUAAUACUCUUGGUUCCAGGGACUCUUUGAACCUGAAAGGAGAUGUUCCUGGCCAUCAUGAUGAAGAUCCCACUACAUCAGGAGGAGACACUGGGGCUGGGUCUGAAUCUAAUCAAGGCUCCAUGGAUGGUCCUUCUGUUUCUGAGCAAAGGCAGAGUACGAGGAAGUCUUUAAUCAGUACAAAGAUAAGAAAAAUGUGUCGGAAGCAGAAGUCCUUGCGAAAGAAGCUUUUUCCUUGGAGUUAUGAUUGGCACAGAGAAGAGCCUUGUGUCGAUGAAAGAAUGAUGGAAUCCUCUGGACCUAUUAGGAGGUGUAAAUCUGGAGCCAUUGAUCAUGAUGCUGUUUUAAGAGCAAUGGCACGUGCACUUGAAAGUACUGAAGAAGGUUACAUGGAAAUGGUGGAAAAUGCUUUUGACACAAAUCCAGAGCUUGCUUUAAUGGGAUCAUGUGUUCUUGUGAUGUUAAUGAAGGAUCAAGACGUGUAUGUCAUGAACCUUGGGGAUAGCCGUGUGAUAUUGGCACAAGAAAGACAGAAUGACCGCCACCCUAACCCAUGUUCUUUGAAGGAAGACAUGAAACAUAGAAACCGAUCGAGAGAGUCAUUAGUACGCAUGGAGCUUGACAGAAUAUCUGAGGAGUCUCCAAUGCAUAAUCAAAAUUGUCAGGUUAAUAUGAUGAACAAGAAUAGAGACAUUUCCAUCUGCAGAUUAAAAAUGAGGGCAGUUCAGCUUUCAACUGACCACAGCACAAGUGUAGAAGAGGAAGUUCUUAGAGUAAGAGCAGAGCAUCCUGAUGACUGCCAAGCGAUUUUGAAUGAUCGAGUUAAGGGGCAAUUAAAAGUCACAAGGGCGUUUGGUGCUGGGUUCUUGAAGAAGCCGAGUUGUAAUGAAACUCUUCUGGAGAUGUUUAGAGUAGACUAUGUGGGAACAGCUCCAUACCUUAGCUGCAUCCCUUCCAUUGUUCACCACCGGCUUUCCUCGAGUGACCGAUUCCUAGUACUAUCCUCUGAUGGGCUUUACCAGUACUUCAGUAAUGAAGAAGUAGUUGCUCAUGUUACAUGGUUCAUGGAAAAUGUCCCAGAAGGUGAUCCUGCCCAGUAUCUCAUUGCCGAGCUUUUAUUCCGUGCAGCAAAAAAGAAUGGAAUGGAUUUUCAUGAAUUGCUUGAUAUUCCUCAUGGAGAUCGACGUAAAUAUCAUGAUGAUGUUUCUGUUAUGGUGGUUUCAUUGGAGGGAAGGAUUUGGAGAUCAUCAGGAUAACAUUUUUUCACAUAUGCAUAUUUGCCUCAACAAUGUAACCACUUCAAGCAAGGGGUACAUGUAUGCAUUUUGGAAAUGGGAAUUUCAACAUUGACAUUCUUUUUUAUCUCCCCUUAAAUUUAUUUUUUUAUAAAUAGAAUUUUCUUUCCUUUA